GGGAACUCGAAACGCUUGGGGAGCCAGAGCAGAGUGAUUUAUCCUUUGUCAGACUCCCCUUCUGUGAAGAUGUCCCAGUCAUCUCCAGCUGAUGAAGGUACAACAUUUGAACAUCUCUGGAGCACGCUGGAACCAGACAGCACCUACUUUGACCUCCCUCCAUCCAAUCAUACAGGCAGCAAUGAGGCGUCCAACUGCACAGAGGUCACGAUGGAUGUCUUCCAGAUGAGAAGCAUGAAUGACUCAGUUAUGUCCCAGUUUAAUUUGCUGAACAACAGCAUGGAUCAGAGCAUCGGCAGCAGAGCAGCCUCCACCAGCCCGUACAACUCCGAGCACACCUCUAAUGUCCCAACGCAUUCACCCUACUCGCAGCCCAGCUCUACCUUCGACGCCAUGUCCCCAGCUCCCGUCAUCCCCUCCAACACUGACUACCCUGGUCCCCACCACUUUGAGGUGACUUUCCAGCAAUCCAGCACGGCCAAGUCAGCCACUUGGACAUACUCCCCUCUGCUGAAGAAACUCUACUGUCAGAUUGCCAAGACAUGUCCCAUCCAGAUCAAGGUGUCCACCCCGCCACCGCCAGGCACCAUCAUCCGGGCCAUGCCUAUCUACAAGAAAGCAGAGCACGUGACAGAAGUGGUGAAACGCUGCCCCAAUCACGAGCUUGGGCGUGACUUUAAUGAUGGCCAGUCAGCCCCAGCCAGCCACCUUAUCCGGGUGGAAGGCAACAACCUCUCCCAAUACGUGGACGACCCUGUCACAGGAAGGCAGAGUGUGAUGGUGCCCUACGAGCCCCCACAGGUGGGGACCGAGUUCACCACUAUUCUGUACAACUUCAUGUGCAAUAGCAGCUGCGUGGGAGGAAUGAACAGGAGACCCAUCCUCAUCAUCAUAACCCUGGAAACAAGAGAUGGCCAGGUCCUGGGAAGGAGGUCAUUUGAAGGACGGAUCUGUGCCUGUCCUGGCAGAGACCGAAAAGCUGAUGAAGACCAUUACCGAGAGCAACAAGCCCUGAAUGAGAGUGCAGCUAAAAAUGGCAACGCUAACAAACGCACUUUCAAACAGAGCCCUCAGGGGAUCCCAGCCCUGGGGGCUGGCAUUAAGAAACGGAGGCAUGGGGAGGAGGAGAUAUAUUACGUGCCUGUGCGAGGCCGGGAGAACUUUGAGAUCCUGAUGAAGAUAAAGGAGAGCCUGGAGCUGGUGGAGCUUGUCCCACAGCAGCUGGUUGACUCCUACCGACAGCAGCAGCAGCAGCUCCUACAAAGGCAGAGUCACUUGCAGACACCUUCAUCCUAUGGUCCUGUCCUUUCACCUAUGAAUAAAGCUCAUGGAGGAGGAAUCAACAAGCUGCCAUCUGUCAACCAGCUGGUGGGGCAGCCACCGCAGCACAGCUCCAACUCAGCGCCCAGCCUGGGGCCAAUGGGACCUGGAAUGUUAAACAGUCACCCCAUGCAACCCAACGGAGAAAUGAAUGGAGGCCACUCGUCCCAGUCAAUGGUCUCAGGAUCACACUGCACCCCUCCUCCACCCUACAACCCUGAUCCCAGCCUUGUGAGUUUUUUAACAGGAUUGGGGUGUCCAAACUGCAUCGACUAUUUCACCUCACAAGGGUUACAGAAUAUUUACCACCUGCAGAACCUAUCCAUAGAGGAUCUCGGAGCACUGAAGAUCCCAGAGCAGUACAGGAUGAUUAUCUGGAGAGGCCUUCAGGAACUCAAACAGAACCAUGACUAUGGGGCCCAGCAGCUUAUCCGCUCCAGCAGCAACGCCUCCACAAUUUCCAUCGGCAGUUCUGGUGAGCUGCAGCGGCAGCGUGUCAUGGAGGCAGUGCACUUCCGCGUGCGUCACACCAUCACCAUCCCUAACCGCAGCGGGGCCGAUGAAUGGGCAGACUUUGGUUUUGACCUCCCAGACUGCAAAUCUCGCAAACAGUCCAUAAAAGAAGAAUUCACAGAGGGAGAGAUCAACUGAAGGUCUCCACAAGGCAGCAGUAAGAGACUGGAUGCAGAGUUAAAGGAAUAUAGAAAAGAAUGAAACCCUGAAUGCAAAACAACAUAUUAUUUUCAGCCCUGACUGCCUGGCUGAAAACGUAGUGUCACUGGACAGACGGGAACUCCGAGCCACGUGAGCAAGCGUGGCCCUGAUCCAUUCAUUAGGUGUCUUCCCCAGAAAGGAAAUUCCAGGGGUUUUAAUCAGAGGAUGAAGGGGAAGGAAAGGGCAGCUGAAAUAACUCAUGAAAUGGAAUGCAGAGAUUUUCUAACAGAGGACGAGUCCUUUGCUCGUUUAUAACGCUACUUUGCAUUUUACUGGACCAUCCUUGCAUCAAACAGAUGCAGCAUAAAAAUAAUACAUACAUUUUUCUGUUAGCAGGACUCACCUUCUUUUCUUCUUGUCUGUCCCUGCUCUGUAUUCUCAAUGAUGUCCAAACUCUACAGGUCUUUGUCACCGUAAAAAUGGGGUUUUACAUCUGCUCCGUUUUCUGUAAAGAUAUCUGCCAUUGAUGGAUACACAGGGACAAAACCCAUCUGCUUUCCUGAUGGACUGCCAAAAAGUAUCCAUCUCCCUCAGUUCUUUGUAGAGCAGAAAAAAACCUGUUUUUCAAUUACAGAUGUGUUCAUGUACUUAAAUAUUUGUGUAUAUAGACAGACCACAAUGUACAUACAGUAUACUUGUUGUGUUGUAAGGAGAAAAAAAGAUUUAUUUUCAUGUAAGCUAUAAAAAUUGAUACUUACUCCUGAGACACUAUAGUGUCAAGUAAAUUAAUUUCCUGCUCUAGCAUGCCAACAUGCAGAAAUCAUGUUUUCAAGCCUUAUCUACCAAAAAUUCAAAUGAUUUUUUUCCCCUCCGAGUAUCCUUCACACAAUUGCAGAGAAGGGGGUGAGCCUGCAAAUUCUCGUUGGGAGUCAGAGUUCUGUAAAAUUAUUCCCUGCACUGCCGGAGGAGUUUUGAAGACAGGUUAGAUGGAGCUAUCGGGAAUGAGGUAGGUGUAAACGUCAUCCUGCCUUGGUGUAAGGCGAUGGACUGGGUGACUGCGUGAGAUUGUUCUAGUUUUGUUUUCCGUUAGCUCAAGUCUUGUCCAAAGCUCCCUGUAUUGCCAGGUUAUUUAUUGCCCAACCUGACUCUGGCCUUUUGCAUUAGCUUCCUGGAAUAAAAGCUGUUCAUAAUUGCCCCAGUAAUCACCUUCACCACACUGCUGGGUAGAACGGUUUUUAUUCCUUCCCAGCUGUUGCUGACACAUGUUCUGGUGAUUUUUUCAAGGCAUAAUUUGGCUGUUGAUUCAACCUGAGAACUCAGAGAAAGCAAUGAUGCAAGCAGCUGUAUUCCCUCCCCCUCUGCCUCCGAGUAGUAAGCCAAACAUUUUGAAGGGUGAGAGUCCACAGCAAGGGUCUGGAAGGCCCAUCACAGAGGCUAAUGGUCCAUGGAAAGAGGGAGGGUACUAAGCUACUUCAUGCACCUGCCUAAGCUCGGGCUGCUCUAGAUUUCAGGCAGCCUAAGGGAACGCAGGCAGAAGUGAUGCUGCCCUCCCAGUGCUGCAUCUCCUCUCCCGUGUUUCCUCUGUGCUGGAUACCUCCAGGAGGCAGACCUACAACUGUUUCCCAUAGCGCUGGCACGAGAGACACCUCGCCAGGCUUGGGGAGGAACUGUGCCAUCCUUUGCACAGCCCUAGCCCUUCUAUCCGACAAACUUAGAGAGAAAAGCGAGAGUCCCAACAAUGGAGUUCAGUGCUCACCUCACAGAUACAUCUUCUCCUCCUCGUAGGUCGGUGUUUGUCCUCACUCAAAGGAAAGACCAUAGGGAAAACAAGUGUGAACACUGCAUGUGCCAUGCCAGGAGCGCUGGGGCCCAGCUCCUUCCUCCCCUGCAUUCACCGUGGCUGCCGAGAACAGCUCGAGGCCUCGGGCGUGCAGGGGAGCGCGGGCAGCGCGGCCUCCUCCCUCCCUCCCUCCCGCUUGCCGGGCCACCGGCCACCAGCCUCUGCCCUUCUCUCCUACCCCAAGGGAACAGGAGGGACAAGGGCACCGCUGCUUCCAAAGCCGCUCUCCGCUCUACACUACACCUAGCGGGCACUGGACUCCUUUGUCCUUUGCUGAAAUGUGAACCUAUCUCCUAAUAUAACGGCUUAUUAAAGCACUUUAAGGCUUUAAAGGCUUUAAAACGUUCAUUUGUGUUUUCAAUGUUAACUACGGCUUUUUCCAGCAGUAUUAAUUGAUAUACUCCAACCAUGCUAUGAAUGGUAUUUUUUGUAAUGUUAUCUUUGGAAAAUGUGUUAUUUUUAUAGAUGUAUUUUUUUUUUUGGUAACACAAUUAAAGCACAUGUCUGAAUUACAACAUCUGGCAGCUAACGUCUUGCUUAUAUUGCAUGGAAAGUGCUCUCAUAGUACUGGUGUCGGUCUCCAAAGCCACAUUGUGUCCUCUGGAAACGGUCAGAAGUUGUUUUGCUUCAUCAGCGAAGCACAGUUACGAACAAGCAGUUCUGCCAAGAACAAGAGGACCCGCCAACGCAAGAGUGCCAUGGAAGCGGCUCCUUCCUCCUCUAGAGGCAUUGGAGGAAGUGGCCUGAGGGAGCAGAGCGCUUCUCCCCACAACUAGACGUUACCGCUGCAGGAAAACGGGUGCGAGCAGUUUGCUCCCUGCAUGCAGGAAGUCAAACAGGCCCCAGCUCGG